AUGAGCGACAAGCUGGAUACUGUCUAUUACAUGGGUGCUCCCGAGAAUUUGGCAACGACUAUGCCCUCCAUGACCCCGCCAAAGUAUAUUCAUCACUUUGACAGCUAUUCUCUCGUCAAGCAGCUGCAGGAAGGGGGCUAUUCAAGCGACCAAGCCAUCACUAUGAUGAAGGCUAUCCGGACGAUCCUGGCCCAUAAUCUAGACAUGGCGCAAGAAAAACUUGUCAGCAAGAGCGAUAUAGAAAACGAAUCUUAUCUGUUCUCUGCUGCGUGUUCGGAGCUGAGCGCCGAAAUCAAGAACAAUCGCCGGGGCCAGGAUGAGCAAAUCCGGCAACAGCGCACGCAUCUCCAGCACGAAGUCGACAUUUUGACGCAGACUCUGAACCAGGAACUGCUGACUCUGAACGACAAUGUUCGCGGGAUUUUCAACGACCGCAAGAUGACAGUCAGAGAAGAGCAAAAGGCGGCGGAGAGUGCUAUUCAACAAAUCAAUUACAAAAUAAGCAUCAUGCUGAGCAGCGACUCCAAGUCGGAGAUUGAAGGCGUUCGGUGGAUUCUCAUCCGGCGGUCCGUGGUGGGCAUCCUCUUCAUGGCUAUUCUGACGCUGGGAACGAUCCGGUACGCUACGUAUGUCAGUCAUCAGCGCCAGCGGGAGCUGGAUCGCAAGAAGAAGGAAGAAGAAGAGUUGAAGAUGGAUGGCGGCAAGAAUGAUCGUACCUCGGCACCUGAUGCGGCCGAAAUCCUGGCAGCAAACUAA